AUGCAAUUAGUAACACAUACCCAAAGUCAAGAAUUUUCAAAUGAAAUUUUAAGCUUACAAACUAAAAAACCUGUCAUCAAACAGUUUCGUAAACUCAAUCCAUUCAUCGACGAUUCCGGAGUCCUCAGGGUGGGCGGCAGACUUUCUCGCUCGGGGCUGGAAUACGAACACAAACAUCCAGCACUCUUACCUUCUGAUCAUCCGCUAACGUAUUUAAUUAUCGAUCACAUACAUCGUAGUUACUGCCACCCUGGUGUAAACACAACAAUUUUUCUGCUAUUGCGGCAGUUUUGGGUAGUGUCAGCGAAACGUGCAGUGCGUCGCGUUCUUUCAAAAUGUAUAAAGUGCUAUCGACUGCACCCUCAACCGUUACAACCGUUCAUGAGCGAUUUGCCUGCAUAUCGUGUAAAUCAGGUGAAGCCUUUCUCUGUCGUGGGCGUGGAUUUUGGCGGACCUUUUCGCAUAAAACUUGGUCCACAUCGUGGCGCUAAAAUUGACAAGGCGUACCUCUGUGUGUUCGUUUGUCUCGCGACAAAGGCGGUUCAUCUAGAGGUCGUUUCCACACUAUCAGCGGACGGUUUUAUCGCUACUCUUCGGCGUUUUGUGGCGCGUCGUGGUCGCUGCACGACUAUUCAUGCGGAUUGUGGUACCAAUUUUGUUGGUGCCCGGAAUCAACUGUCUUCCCUUAUGGAGAAUGCUUCACAUGCGGAGCGAAUUGAAUUCAAAUUCAAUCCUCCAUCGGCUCCUCACUUCGGCGGAGUGUGGGAGAUUCAAAUUAAAGCGGCCAAAACUCAUUUAUACCGGGUUGUUGGUGAUCAAGUGUUAACUUUUGAAGAGCUAACAACGCUCUUCGCUCAAAUAGAAGCUGUUUUGAAUUCGAGACCGCUUUGCCCCGUAAGUGCUGACCCUAACGAUUUAUCAGCAUUAACUCCAGGUCACUUCCUGACCUUAGAACCGUUAACUGCAGUCCCCGAUGAGGAUCUAUCUUCAAUUAACGUUAAUCGGCUUCAUCGGUGGCAGCUGUUACAAUCCUUUCACCAAAACUUUUGGUCCAGAUGGAAAAAUGAAUAUCUGAAUUCUUUAACGCAACGCGCCAAAUGGACCAAAGAUUCGAAGCCUCUAGUUGUAGGAUCGAUGGUCAUUAUCAAAGAUGACAACCGCGCUCCGUUACACUGGACCCUUGGUAGGGUACAGCAGCUUCUUGCUGGAGCUGACGGAGUCAUUCGAAUCGCAAUGGUUAAAACUGCAACCAAUAACGUAAUCCAACGGCCUUUGGUUAAGUUGUGCCCUCUGCCACUGGAGGACUAG